GAUUUUGCAAAAGUGAAAUAAACUUUAUGAAAACAUUUGUAAAACAUUGUAAAAUACUGUGUGAUAUAUAGCCAAUUUAAGGGUCCAAUUGAUAUCGCUCGAAUUGCUGGCCACACGAUGAUGGAGUACAAUCCAAAAACUGCACAUCGGCAUAGUUUAAACCGGGAACUAACCUGCGUCGAAUAUCCCGGCGUUGUAGUAAACGACGAUCGGAUGUUGGAUACGCUUGGAGGGUUGCGGGAAAUAAGUGCGACAUUCGAGCACGGGAAAAGACGCCUUGAACUUCGAUUCCGGCCUGAAUGUAUGUACGCUAAGCCGGUGUACGGUGACCCGGCAGCUGCAACUGCGGUGGCCCUCAAGUUAGUGGUUCGACGCAGAAAAUCCAACCCAGAACAUGCCGAAGUGAAAUCGGUUCACAUCGCAGGGACGGUUCAAAAGAUCUACAAAUUUGGUGCUAUGUGCGAUUUUCAGCAACUUCCAGCAUUCCGCUCUCGCGACACGGGCAAAGCCGAAUGUCUAUAUGACGAGUUGGUUCCGAAAGGCGCCGACCUCUCCUACUACACGGACAAGCCUUCGCAAUUGGAAUACUUUCUUCCUCCGUCAUCCUUCAGCCGUAACGACAUCGUCAACAAGUUGGUGCUGCGUGAGAGUAAAAUUACGAACCCACAAUCUGCUAAUGCACGGCCCGGCAAAUCGCGACAAAAGCACGGUCUCUACCAUUCAUUCUCUAUGCACAAUCCCAUACCUACGGAACCGUCGAAACUGUGUCAGGAAAUGCUAGAGACAAGGCUAAUCGCCAAACAAGAGCUUGAGAUACUUCGUCAGGCAUUUGAAACGCGACCCAUAUGGACGAAGCACGCACUGAGGAACGUUAUACAGUUACAAGUAAAAAACGAUAUGAUGGGCGUGCUGCUACCGGCAGUUGCGUUCUUUUACGUAAAUGGACCCUGGAGGUCGACGUGGGUACGUUUCGGGUACGAUCCGCGGAAAGACUUCGAGGCAAGAAUGUUCCAAAUGCUGGACUUUCGUGUUCGCGCCUUUGAUGCAAUGCACGAGACUAUUAAGGUCAAACGUGUGGCCACUGUUAAGGCCAACAAGUUGCACCAUCGGUUUGGAACUGCUCCACAGGAUCAACUCACACGAAACGUGGACAGCAGCGUGUUCGACGAAGACACCAUUCCGCCCUGUCGCAUCGUGUUCUACCAGUACUGUGACAUUCACCUGAAGAAAAUCAAGGAAAUGCUAAGCAAAGUCCCAACCCCUAUGGGUGGCACGGUAUGUGACGAACGGAACGGUUGGUUACCGAAUCGUUUCGACGAGCAAUGUCGUAAUAUUAUGUCCGAGAUAGUUGCAAAUAAUAUUCGCAAGCGGAACCAGGCGGGUGGUAAUAUUGAAACCGAUGUUUCCUUUAGCGAGGAAGGUGACACUACAACCGAGUUUGAAGGUAAUGAGCAAGAUUCAGGUUCGGAAGGAGUUCCCUAUUCGAGCGAAGAAGAGUACACUGAAUAAAAAUGAAUUACUUGCAGAAUGCGCAUUGAAAGUUUUAAUUUAGA